AUGUCACAGGCACCCCCAAUUCUCAUCGCAGGUGCAGGCCCGGUCGGCCUAGUUACCGCCAUCGUGUUGCGUCAACACAGUAUACCUGUCCGCAUCAUCGAAAAGGAGCCGGUACCCAAACUCGCAUCCAGAGCAUCCGGAAUCAUGCCUCGCACACUAGAGAUUUACCACUUCCUGGGGGUUUUACCGUACAUUUUGAAGGCUGCUGGACAAGCACCCGUCAUAGUAGAUUACGAAAUCCCCGGUGGAGAAAGGGUCCUCGAGACAUUCAGGAUGUUCCCUCAUGUCGACGCAACGCCCAGUCGCCCCUUCCUCCAAUGUAAGGCCUUGUCCCAAAGUCUCAGCCAGGAUAUUUUGCGGGCACACUUAGCGAGAUUCGGAACGGAGGUAGAAAUGGGCACGGAGCUGCGCGACUUCGAGCAGUGCGACGAUCACGUCGUCGCUAGUAUUGUCAAAAAGAGCGCGGAUGGCAAAGAGUCAACAGAAUCCUAUAGCGCGAGUUAUUUGGUUGGCACGGACGGCGCCAAAGGCAUUACAAGGAGACGACUUGGCUUGACCCUCGAUGGGGAAUCCCGGGAAAAUCUUUCAUUUGUCUUUGCUGAUAUCCGCCUGCGCGGCCUUGAGGGCAAUUUUUGGCACAAAUGGGGCGAGAUAUCGAAUAAAAUGAUAACGAUCCGCAAGACAGAAUUUUCGAAAGAGCAUUUCUGGCUACUGGCCGGUGGCCAAAACCUCGAUACCAAUGGCUUGCAACCCAAUCCCAAGUCUGUGACGGAAUGGAUCAAGUUGCAGACUGGUCGAGGGGACAUAGAGAUUGUCGAGGUCAUCAACUUUUCCAAUUACAAACCUAGUAUGCGGAUGGUGAAAGAGUUCAGCAAAGGGAGGGUAUUCCUUGCCGGAGACGCGGCACACAUCCAUAGUCCCGCAGGAGGGCAGGGUUUGAACAACGGCAUUGCUGACGCCUGGCUCUUGUCAUGGCGACUUGCUCUCGCACACAAAGGUCUAGCCUCAGCAGAGCUCUUAGCGAGUUACACCGCAGAACGGGCGCCGGUCAUCAAGGUCAUGCUCGAACACACCACUGCCAUUCUCAAUGCCCAAAUUGCAGCAACCUGGGGAAAGUUUGGCUACGGGAACUGGCGCCCAGACAAAGCCCCUCUUUGGCAGCUGGACAUAAACUAUCGUUGGAGCCCAGUUGUCUUUGACGAGACCGCCACAGCUGUCUCAGACGAAACGGCGUCCAACACUGCUCCAGGGGUCCAAGAGGGGAAUGAUAUUCGCGCUGGAGAUCGAGCUCCGGAUGCUCCUUCACUUCUCGAUAUACUCUCCGCCCCUCCUUCCGUGAAGCGGCUCUUCGACUAUUUCAAAUCCACACAGCAUACAGUCCUGGUUUUCGCUAGUUCUGAGGCUAAAAUCAACUCCUUUGCCUCGGCCCUCAAUAAUGUUCCGGCCGAAGUUGUGCAGUCCGCUGUCAUCAUCCCCCAAGAGACUCCCGUGCGUGAACAGGAUCUAGAGACCGAGUUUACAUGGACAAGCAAGGUCGAUCAUGCUCUCAAGGAUUGUGAUGCGCACAUGUAUAGGGCAUAUCGACCGGAAGGGUCUCAGGAUGAGGUUGCUGUAAUUGUCCGACCUGACGAUAUCAUUGGCGCGAUAGUGAAGAGUGGAGAAGGCAUAACAAAGUACUUCAGUAAGAUUCUUGCAGCUUAG